CCCGCGGAGAUCCGCGGCCGCCCCCGCGGGGAGGGACGCCGCCCGAGCCCCGCCGCCGGGGCGUGCCAGCGGGCGCCUGCCGCGUACCCAGCUCCCCGCGCCCGGCCGCGCCGCAGCGCCAACAUGCCCGCCGUCGACAGGCUGCUCCUGGAAGAGGCUUUGCAGGACAGCCCGCAGACUCGGUCUUUGCUCAGUGUAUUUGAAGAAGAUGCAGGAACCCUUACCGAAUAUACAAACCAGUUGCUUCAGGCAAUGCAACGAGUCUAUGGUGCUCAGAACGAAAUGUGUCUUGCCACACAGCAGCUUUCGAAGCAGCUCCUUGCCUAUGAAAAGCAGCAUUUUGCCUUGGGUAAAGGAGAUGAAGAAGUGAUAUCCACCCUUCAUUACUUUUCAAAAGUUGUUGAUGAGCUCAAUAUUCUUCAUUCUGAACUGGCAAAGCAGCUUGCAGAUACAAUGGUUCUCCCAAUAAUACAGUUUCGGGAAAAGGAUCUCACAGAAGUAAGCACGUUGAAGGAUCUUUUUGGCCUUGCUAGCAAUGAACAUGACGUGUCCAUGGCAAAGUAUAGCAGGUUACCGAAAAGGAAAGAAAAUGAAAAGCUUAAGGCAGAAGUGGCAAAAGAAGUGGCAAAUGCAAGAAGAAAGCAGCACCUUUCGUCUCUGCAAUAUUACUGUGCCCUGAAUGCUCUGCAGUACAGGAAGAGAGUGGCAAUGGUGGAACCUAUGCUGGGAUAUACACGAGGACAGAUCAACUUUUUUAAGAAAGGAGCGGAGAUGUUUUCCAAAAGAAUGGACAGAUUCUUGUCAUCUGUUUCAGACAUGGUUCAAAGCAUACAGGGAGAGCUGGAUGGUGAAACUGAAAAAAUGAGGGUAUCCCAGCAAGACUUAAUUGCAGUUAAUGAAUCAGUUUACACCCCAGAUUCUGAUGUAACUUCACCUGCUAUCAAUAGAAAUCUCAUCCAGAAGGCUGGCUACCUUAAUCUUAGAAAUAAAACAGGUCUGGUGACUACAACUUGGGAAAGACUGUAUUUCUUCACUCAAGGUGGCAACUUGAUGUGUCAGCCAAGGGGAGCAGUAGCUGGAGGAUUGAUUCAGGACCUGGACAACUGCUCUGUUAUGGCUGUAGACUGCGAAGACAGAAGAUACUGCUUUCAGAUCACUACUCCUACAGGCAAAGCGGGUAUCACCCUUCAAGCAGAAAGCAAGAAAGAAUACGAGGAGUGGAUAUGUGCCAUCAACAACAUCUCCAGACAGAUCUAUCUCACCGACAAUCCAGAGGCAGCUGCAAUCAAGUUAAAUCAGACAGCCCUACAAGCAGUGACUCCCAUUACCAGCUUUGGGAAAAAACAUGAAGUUCACCACCCCAGCCAGAAUGUAAAGAAUAUGGAAAAUGAUAAACUGAUUCCCAGUGAAUCAACUGUCAUUCAAGACUCCGCACAACUCAUUGCUCCUGGAACACCAAUUCAAUUUGAUAUCGUACUGCCUGCCACAGAAUUCCUGGACCAGAACAGAGGUGGCAGGCGUGCAAACCCAUUUGGGGAAUUGGAAGACGGCAGCAAAGAUGAGGAGGAAGACUCACUCUUGCAGCAGAUGUUCGUAGUCCGGUUUUUAGGAUCUAUGGCCGUUCAGUCAGAUGACACCAGUGAGGUGAUUUACGAAGCCAUGAGACAAGUGUUGGCUGCUCGUGCCAUCCACAACAUAUUCCGGAUGACUGAGUCCCAUCUCAUGGUCACCAGCAAGAACCUGAGGUUAAUAGAUCCUCAAACGCAAGUUACACGAACAAGUUUUGAACUUGCCACUGUGACGCAGUUUGCUGCUCAUCAGGAUAACAGGCGCCUGAUUGGCUUUGUGGUCCAUCUCAGUGAGGCUCCGGGAGAAGAAUCCAGGAGCGCAUAUAUUUUUGAGAGCAACACAGAAGGGGAAAAGAUUUGCUACGCCAUUAGCUUGGGAAAAGAAAUCAUUGAGGCACAGAAGGACCCAGCAGCGUUAGCGCGGCUCAUGCGGUCGGUGCCCUUAACGAACGACGGGAAGUUCGUGCUGCUCGCCGAAACGUCACAAGAGGGCGGAGCCAGCCACGAGGAAGGGGAGGAGUCAGAAGCAUAAACCCCGCCCCCGCCCCCCCGUGUCGUUUCCUGCGGGCCUGCGUGCGUGGCAGCAGGAAAAGCCGGGAGUUUCCCUGCCAGAAUCUCUUCAAGUUUUCGGUCGUCCGCGCACACGCGAGCCCGCUUCUGCCUUGGUGACGGAGUGGGGGGGGCGUCACGUCCCCGCAGCGGCCUGGCCGCUGGGUUUGCGAGGGGGCGGCAGCGGCCUGCGGGGGUGCUGCUCCCCUCCGGGGGGGCUGCUCCCCUCCGGGGGUGCUGCCCCUCCCCGGGGGUGCUGCCCCUCCCCGGGGGGGCUGCUCCU